AAUGACAAAGACGUUACUAUUUCCAGAGAAAAUAGAAGUUCAAUGUUGUGUUCUGUUUAGGGAUUUCCCCAGGCCACCCUAAUCGUGUUAAACUCCUACCUGGCUCCAUAAGAACCCGUACUAAAUUUUUGGAACACCGGCCCAUUUGAAAUAAACUUCUAUUCACGUCUCUCUUCUCUGCUAUUUUGGAGUUAGUCUCGUUUUUGUUGAAUUCAAACUAGAGAGCGUCAAGUUUAAAUUAUUCAUCACUAUGGGAUUACUAACAGUAUUGAAGAAACUAAAACAGAAAGAAAAAGAAAUGAGAAUACUUAUGCUGGGAUUGGAUAACGCUGGCAAGACAACAAUAUUGAAAAGAAUUAACGGUGAACCAAUUGAUACAAUAUCACCAACAUUAGGUUUUAAUAUCAAAACAUUGGAACGCAGAGAUUAUAAAUUAAAUAUUUGGGAUGUUGGAGGUCAGAAAUCAUUACGAUCUUAUUGGCGAAAUUAUUUUGAAUGUACUGAUGGAUUAGUUUGGGUAGUGGACAGUGCGGAUAAACGAAGAUUAGAAGACUGUAAAGUAGAACUUCACAAAUUACUCCAAGAAGAACGUCUUCAAGGUGCAAGUCUUUUAGUUCUUGCAAAUAAGCAAGAUUUACCAGGUGCUCUAUCUCCAUCAGAAAUCGCAGAACUGCUUGACCUUCCAACUAUCAAAACUCAUCACUGGCAAAUAUAUAAAUGUUCUGCAGUCACUGCUGAAAAUCUUGUGAAAGGAAUUGAUUGGAUCGUUGAUGAUAUUGCAGCUCGAAUAUUCUAUGUAAAUUAAUGUAGAUUGAUGAUACAAUUCUAUUUAUCAUUUUAUGUAGAAAUUUCAUUUAUUAACGUACUACUAAAUAUUAUAAGUAAAAAUGAAAAUGAAGAAAAACUUAUUGAUAUUUAAGAGUAUUUUAAUUCUACUAUUGUAACAGCAAGUAACUAUUUUUAAUCUUUAUUUUUGGUUUUUUUUCUUUUUCUAAUGCGAUGUACUUUCUUGUGAUCUUCUGUAGAAGUAAUUUUUGUAUCCGGAUAUUCUUUUAAAUAAAAUUCUUUAAGUAUU